CCAAGGGGUUCGGGCGGAUUUGGACGAAGUUUCCGAACUGUCCCGGCCCGGAGGAGCCCUGGGGGUUGAAAGGGAAUCGCCAGCACCGAAAUAAUGGAAGAUUCCCAUUUCAACUCAUCAUACUUUUGGUCUCCCGUUCCAACAGUGCAAGGACAGAUCGACAACGCCAUGUUUCUGAGUAAGAUGAAAGAGCAGCUCGGGCCGGACAAGGCUGCGUCCUUUCCACACUCGUCCGCGGCGCACUACCCCACAGCGGUGCUGACGGUACCAGGCUCGGUCGCCAUGGAUACGGGAGCAGUCGGGAGGGUGCCAAAGCAGGAGGGUGGAGGUGGUGGUGGUGGUGGUGGAGGAGGGGGCGGGUCAGCAGGGGCGCAGAUGACUGGCGUAGGAGCGCACCUUCAUCCACCUCACACAUCCCAGAACAUCACGGUGGUGCCCGUCCCGUCUACUGGCAUCAUGACUGCAGCAGGGUUAGUGAUCACACCUCAGGGCACGCUGGUCUCUCCUCCUGCCUCCUCUCAGUCUUUUGUUUCUGGACCGCCAACAACAACCAUGAUAGUGUCCGCUUUGCACCCAUCAAACACAGAGGCUGUCCGGCCCCCUUCCCUCUAUCUCCACAGCCACUACAAGAAAGAGGACGGCAGUAUCCCGCCCGCUGUAGUCAUGCCCAUUCCCUCAAAGCGGGGCAGAAAGAAGAAGUCCAUGAUGCCGAGGGCAGGUCCUGUUUCUGCUCAUGCACUCGCGUCAGGGAGUGAUGCGCUGAUUCUGGCACACCUAGCUGCUGGGGGACAGCAUAACACAAAUGAUCCGUACGACCUGUCCAAUGAUGAGGAUGAGCAUCAAGGCAAAGAUGGGAACAAGUCCUACAGGUGCCGAAUGUGUGCGGUGACGUUUUUCAGCAAGUCAGACAUGCAGAUCCACGCCAAGUCCCACACGGAGGCGAAGCCACACAAGUGUCCUCACUGCUCCAAAUCGUUCGCCAACUCCAGCUACCUGGCGCAGCACAUCCGCAUCCACAGCGGCGCCAAACCCUACACCUGCUCUUACUGCCAGAAAACCUUCAGACAGCUCAGUCAUCUACAGCAGCACACACGAAACCACACAGAGGGCAAACCGCACAAGUGUCCUCACUGCUCCAAAUCGUUCGCCAACUCCAGCUACCUGGCGCAGCACAUCCGCAUCCACAGCGGCGCCAAACCCUACACCUGCUCCUACUGCCAGAAAACCUUCAGGCAGCUCAGUCACUUACAGCAGCAUAACAGGAUUCACACUGGCGAUCGGCCGUACAAGUGUGUUCAUCCCGGCUGUGAGAAAGCUUUCACUCAACUGUCCAACCUCCAGUCUCAUCGAAGACAACACAACAAGGACAAGCCAUACAAGUGUCACAACUGCAACCGCGGCUACACGGACGCCACCAGCUUGGAGGUUCACUUGACUACACAUACGGUCAAACACGCCAAACUCUAUUCCUGUGGCCUCUGCAACCGCUCUUACACAUCUGAAACCUACCUGAUGAAACACAUGCAAAAACACAACCCAGAUCCUCUGACGGUAGCGGCUGCGGUGGCAGCUCAGCAGGCCCAGAACCCAGGGCAGGGUUCAGGUGGAGGGAGUGGGCGAGGCCGUGGGCGGGGCAGAGGAGCAGCAGCCGCAGCAGCAGCCGCCGCCGCCGCCGCCGCAGCAGCAGCGCAGGCCCAAAACCAGAACAACCCCACACCGCCAACCAGCUACUCUGUUUCUGACGGCAUUCCCUGCCCGUUCGACCUGCAUCAGUACAAGACCGUGUCGGCCGGAGAAAUCCAGUAUAAGCCGGUCACAGUUGCCGAUUUAACGGCCCACAAAGACCUCUGCCUCACCGUCUCCACCUCUGCCAUCCAGGUGGAGCACAUGAACUCGUAGAGAGGUGGAGCGAGGAGGAACGGACCAUGAGUUUGGAAGGAAAUAGAUAAAAACACUGCCUUGAGGACAGAGGAGGAUUUCCAAAUACAGACCUGGAGGACGAGGAGAAACGGAGGAGCAGCACAUGAACUCGAAUGAGCUGUCUAUCUGUAGACUUGCGUUGCAGUGUCACAAAAAAGGCCUUAUGCUAAUUUAAUUUAGCUAACAUUUAAACCUAAGUUUCGUUGCUUUGCCAGCAAUUUAUUUUUAACUUUAACUCACAAAGCAUUAAGGGAUAGUUCGCUCAGAAAUGGAUAUUUACUCACUAUUUACUCAUCCUCAAGUGGUUCCAGACUUUUGAGUUUCUUUUUUUCUGU